GCGGGAAUGGUAGGGAAAGUGAUCGAAUACCCUUUUGAUACCGUCAAAGUACGAUUGCAAUCCCAGCCAGAUCACAUUCCUCUGAAGUACACCGGACCUCUGGAUUGCUUUCGUCAGUCAUUCCAAGCAGAUGGUGUACGUGGGCUCUACCGGGGGAUCAGUGCUCCUAUGGUUGGGGCUGCUGUUGAGAAUAGUUGUCUGUUCUUCAGCUACCGACUCGUCCAAGACAUAUUUCGCGCCACGUUGUACUCCCCAUCAGACAUGCUGCCAUUCCCAGCUCUUGUACUCUGCGGCGCUGCAUCUGGGUCAAUUACCUCACUCGCACUUACCCCGGUAGAGCUGAUCAAAUGCAAAAUGCAAGUACCCCUAGCGGGCCCGGGCGGUAAAGCGCCGGGACCUCUGGCUCUCAUCGUAUCUGUCUUCCGCCGCGAUGGUCUCAUGGGCUUUUGGCGAGGACAAUUGGGGACGUUCAUACGCGAAACUGGCGGUGGCGCCGCCUGGUUUGGCAGCUACGAAGGAGUCAUGGCGCUUUUUCGCUCAUCCGGUACAAGGUCUGAGCGGGCUGACGGUGUCUCCCUUAAGUCUGAUCGUGUCCCCAUACCUCAGCAAAUGCUCGCUGGUGCCGCGGCCGGUGUCAGCUAUAACUUUCUAUUCUAUCCUGCUGAUACGAUCAAGUCACGUAUGCAGACCGAGGAUCUGACACGCCUGACGCACAAAAAUGAGCGACAGACUUUCUGGGGGGUGGCCCGGGCCUUGUGGGCACAACAAGGAGUGAAAGGUUUAUAUCGAGGUUGUGGUAUAACUUGCGCUCGGUCUGCUCCCAGCUCAGCCUUUAUUUUUACGAUAUAUGAAGGUUUACGAAGCCAUUUUGGUUAGAGCGUGUCGUCACUGAAUGAUCUUUUAUUUUUCUCGGUUUCCUUACUCUUGCCACGUUCGCUGGCUUUUUUUUCUUUCCUUUUCUUUCUUUUCCAUUUUUGGUCUUUCUUAUUGUGCAUUGUUGUAUGAUACCUAUAUCUCAUGUUUCAGAUCUAGAUCUCAUUGCUUCUCUCUCUUCUAUAUCCAUCUUUUGUUCUUCCCUGUUUCUCUUUUUCUUAUACCUCUAAUUUCUUCUAGAUAUUCGCCUUAGAACUCAAUCUGGUACUAAUAGAAGAGCCAGACAA